AUGGAUCCGUCCACGAUAUCCCCGGAACUCCCAGAUCGUGCUGCCUCCGCUGAAGCCAGUUCAACCCGGCCGAAUCCCUUUGAUGACGGUGAUAUCUCGUCUCGCAAGCGCCGGCGCACGUCUCUCUCUGGAUCACCUACAAACUCCCUCGAUACCGUGAACCCGCUCCACGAUUCCUCGAGCUCGACCACUCUCGACACCGAUCCUGUCGUCCCCAGCCGUGACUCGGCUACAGAAGCCCGGCCAGAGCCUGUCGCGCCAAAGACCCCCGAGCCUGGCACCUCGAUGCGCGAGCCACCCACCGAGCCUCCGUCCAGCAUGGUUACUAUUAACCUUAGGAACGCGCCCCAGAGUGACUCGUCGUCUUCCGAGCCCCCAUCUCCUUCACCUGCCGCUCAGGCCCCUGCGACCGAUGCCGUCACCGAUGUUGCGACCGACGACGUCAAGGCCAGUGUGGAAGACUCCGAGGUCGACAUGGUGCCAGUUCCACCCCAGAGUACCGAGACCUCCAAGUCAGCUUCUUCACAUUCAACAAGCCCGCCUAUCGAGAUUAUCACGGUGCCGUCAGAUGAUGACAUGGCUUCCGAUCAUAUGAGUGUUGGAGUCUCCAUUAUUGGAGACGACCCCAUCCUAAUCGAUCCUAUCCAUGACUUUCCCUUUCACGAUCCCGAAGAAACAACCGAAUCGACAGUGGAACGACUGGCAAACUACCUUUCAACUCAAUCUCCAAUUGAUGAAGGCGUUGUCGACAAGGUGCAGCAAUGGCUGGAACGGUAUCUCAGAUACAUCAGAGACGUCGACCAGCAAUCUGCCAUCGACUCAUGCCGACAAAAUCCGGGGUUUUGGGUUACGUUCCCCGAAAUCUUUCACGCAAUGGCAUGUCGCAAGCCAUCAAUGUUGAAAGCACAUGGAUUGCGCGGCGUUACUCUGGCUUUUUUCGCUGGAUUCGCCAAGCUGACGGCCUGGUUCAUCGAAUUCGACAUUCGUGCUCUCCAAGAGUUUUCGGCUACACAGACGGAUCAAAAACAGCGUCCACCCACUCUAUUGUCUCCUCUUUACCUGGACCGGUUACAUAUGAUGACUGGGGCGCCUUUCUACGACGAGCAAACUGGUAACGCCGAUCUUUCAUCCCCCAGUCUGGAAGAUGUGUCAUACGUGAUCAAGGAGUUUCAGGAAAGCCAAGGUGGAAGCCUCAGUUGCCUGCUCCAGCUGGUUAGAUGUCUGGUCGAUCAUAUCUCCAACUUCCCUCGAUGGACUGAUGAGCUAUCCUCGAUAUGCCUGGUUGCAGCAGAUAUCAUGACAGAUGCAAGCUUCGCCUUGGGCAACCCAGGACUCCCACCCAUGGCUAAACAACGGCUAGAAGUUGGUCACGCUCUCUACGACCUGGUCUCAGAUACCCUCGUAAGGAUGGUUGAAAAGCAGCCGACGCAGUUGAAUGCCGAUAAAGUCUCAAUUAGCGUUCGGGCUCUCACAAACAUGAUCAAAGCGAGCCUUCAGGGCGAACAUGAAGCUGCAACCCAGCUGCUAAUCGAGCAUCGACAGGCGCACCCUCAGCUCCCUGUUAACUACACUACUGAGGCAAUCGCUUGGGAGCGACGCCUUGGGCUCUUGAACAAGCUCAUAAGGUCAAGUCAGAUGCAACUCCGUGUUGUGGGUGUCACCCAGAUGUGUGGUGACUUGGUCUCCUGCUGGAGACGCCACUGUGACAGCGGAGACGAUGGCAGUAUACUCCACCUCAACCAUCUCGCGGAAUACCUGCUCCAGACCGGACUCAUAGAGUACAUCCUCGGCUCUAACUGUCAUCCAGAGAUCACUCUUGAGGGUGCCAACAUUGUGGGCUUCUUGGUAGUGACCAAGAUGUACCGGGAGGAGCACAUCAACAUGAUAUGGCAAGGCAUCACGUCCGGUCAGGAUCCUCGCACCGCAGAUGCUCUCACUCGCAUGGUGACAAAUAUCACAAACCUUUUUGACUACGCCGGUCUCUUGUUUUUCUGCGACAAAUUUCAGGCCCUUCCCAUGGAUGGCUUCACCCCCUCCAUUCGAAUGCUUUGGGAGACCGUUAUUAGGCACAUGGUUACGAGAUCACAAGUCGAUCGACCGGGACUGAGCUUCCAUCCCUACAACUUGUGCUUACGACUGCUCAGAGAGUCGUCAAUUUGCACAUCCGGAUCACAAGUCGCAUAUCCCGACAUGCAGCACGCAGCGAUGCAGAAGUUUAAGGAGCUCCUGGCAUAUGGGCCAGAUCCCGAGGGACGCCAGCAGCUGUACCAGAGCUGCAUCCAGGACAUAGCAGACCAGUCAGCAACUACAUUGGGCAGCCUCUGGUGCUUGUCAAUGGCAAUUCGCUCCGCGGUUGUGACGGAACUUCGUGUCUUGACGGAGAAGCACGACCUGACGAGACUUAUCGUUACUGAGCUAGAGCACGCAAUCAAGGUCGGACGAGCUGCUGGCGUUCAGACAGUUCUCUGGGGCGCGAUCAACCAACCCCGCAGGGACUUCAUCACCAACAUCAUCCAGGUUGAACCCCAAACAAUCACCAAGGAGUUGGGGAUAAAGCUCUGGGACAUGCUGGUCGGCCCAUGGUCACUAUCGCUUGAGGAUAGGAGAGCAGGAUGGGGUAUCUUGAACAAUCUUAACCGGAAGCUCAACCUCGCCAACCCCUUUCUCCAAACGUGCUUGUCUCAAUAUCUCCCAACUCUCCCUUCCGAAUACUUCUGCGACGGCAUGCUGGACGGUAUUGAGCAACUGUGGCGCUUGAUCCUCGAGACUGAGGAUGGACCUCUCGUUGACCGAUCAGUACGGACGCUUGCAAUCGAUAUCUAUGUCGAAAGCCGGCAUAUGGCCGCCAGCCCGCUUCAGCGAACACGAUUGAUUCACAUGGCUCUAGUCAACCGAUGCCUGCAGCAGCUAAAGGAUGCCGCGCGGAAAAUCAAGAGCUCCAACGAUGGAGCUACGAGCGGCGAGGAUGAGGCCAUGUCGACUGCUACAACGGAUGAGCAAAUCCAGCAGCAGGAGAGGAUCUUCAUUCGAUCCUUGAGACUAUUACGGCACAUACUGGAGGCCCAUCAGUCAAAACCUCUUCUGUCGGCCCCUGACCUGAGAACACUGAUCCCCCAAACCCCCUAUGAGGUGCAAGGAGACUCGGCCGAGCUCAAAUACCAGUCUUUUGAUGGGGAUGAACAGACUGAUAUCAAGCCACUCGCAAUUGGGAAGCUCAACACCGCUGCGUCUUUACUUGCCAGCCUGAGACAAGAGACAGGCUUUGAGAACUAUCGAGUUUACUACAGAGGACGACCUUUUCUUCCCAACGAGCACGAAAUCUGCAAGUCUUUGGAGGAUCUGCGUGUUCAGGAGGGGCUCAUGCUAGUCAAACGUGAGGAAGCAGGCCCGGCCCCUUCUGGUCGAGUGAAGCCAGGUGCCUCUCCCCUGGAGGUAGAAAUCUCGGCGCACUUUGACGAGAUGUUUGAGUAUCUCAGCAUGGAGGAGUCACUCGCACAAGAGAUUUACCACUUUCUCGUGAAACUCCCCACAGAUGGUCAUCUCUUGAAGUCAAUUGACAGCAGCACAACCUCGUAUCAGCAAAUCUUUCCUCCGGGACAGCCGUACAAGUCACUCUACGCUGUGCACACGCUUCUAGAGUAUAUUGAAGCUGCUUUUCACGGGCGCAUUGACAAUGAAGAUCCCAAGGAUGACCCAACUGACCCUGGUCAAUCCUCCGCGUAUACCAAAGCUCUGAAGACGGGCCUCUUCUUUGCCACUCAGGCAAUCUCGGACAAAGAUGUCUUUGAUCAAACUUCUGUGGGCCUGCGUCUGAAACUCACUGCCAACUUGAUACACGCAUUCCGACGGCUACUGGAUAAUAUGCUACGGUCCACUGGAACGCUUACUGGCUCUAGCCUAGUCACAGAGAUCUACACCCCAGGACGACCAGUCAGUACGGACAUCGUUAUCGUGCCUGAACCAGCUCGGCUCGUUGAAAUCUUGACAUGCGCCAUAGAUUCCCCCGGCGAUGCUUCUCCAGUGAUUGCCGGAACACUUGCCCUCACACUCCGCCUGAGCAUUAUCAAUGCUGCAUUCUGGGCAAAACUCAACACAAGCCCCGAUUUUGUGGCUUUACUACACCGUGCUUUGCUUACUGAUCCAAGACCUGAGGUCAGAUCGCUUGUUGUGAAGCUCAUUGAGGAGCUUGUCUCGAUGACAGGCCACACACAGCCGUUGGACAGGUCAAACGAGUCAUCCUCAAAUAAUCCGGACGACAUCUUUGUGGCCCUGGUCUCAUACUUUUGGGGUGUUGUCAGCGACCUUGUGCUGCAGAUAGCCGGGUAUCCGGACCAGUGUGAAGACUUCUUUAGGCUGACGUAUGUCUUGCUGAUGCGAUUGAAGGCUCGAUCGCCAGGCGUGUUGGAUCUCCCAAGGCUUGCCUCUCAAGUCAGCCAGCUCUUGCUCGCCCAUACAUCAACUGAAGCCAUUGGGUCUUCAGCUGGAGAGGACUCGUUUGCGAAAGGCCUUGCAACAGUUUUGCAUAUUUGCCUGCAACUUGAUCCCUCGGUUGCCCAGUCCCCGCAAUUGCCAGCGGAUUUGCCUUUGUCACUAUUCUGGAAGCAGUUGUACCCCCCCAAGCGCAGUUUGAGCGAGCAGCCCAUCCCUAGGGUGGUUCUCCACAGUGAAACGAGAGCGAAGCUUUGUGAAAUUCUUUUCCAUCUCGUGAAGCAUGAUCCAGAAAAGACCAAGGGCCUGUUGGAAUCGCUCGAGAGUCUCGUGCCCUUCUACGACGAUGACGAUGACGGCAUGUCUUGCGCUAUAUCAACCUCGCACCUGCUGACAUCUAAACCAGAUGAGCCAUAUCUCUACGAGCUCCCAUAUCAAUUUGAGCGCCUGCGGGCACUGCGGGCACCAUGUGGUUACGCUGGCCUGCUGAACUUGUCGAACACAUGCUACCUCAAUUCGAUCCUGGCGCAACUUUUCAUGAACACGGGAUUCCGACAAUUCAUCCUGAACUCGAAACUUCAUGAUCCCGCCAACGACCAAGAACUCAUGUUCUACACCCAAAAGCUGUUUGGCUUCAUGCAGGAAAGCUACCGUCGCUUUGUUGACCCCACCAAUCUUGUCAGUUCAAUCAAGACCUACGAUGACACCCUCAUCGACAUUCACAGUCAAAUGGACGUGGAUGAGUUCUACAACCUGCUUUUCGACCGCUGGGAGGGACAGUUUCACAGCCACGAAGAGAAGAGGAAACUCAAGUCUUUUUACGGUGGUCAACUCGUGCAGCAAGUCAAGUCAAAAGAGUGUGAGCACAUCUCUGAACGACUCGAGCCAUUCUCUGCAAUUCAAUGUGACAUCAAGGGCAAGAACACGCUGGAAGACAGCCUUCAGGCUUACGUGGAUGGCGAGAUCAUGGAAGGGGACAACAAGUACAAGUGUUCAACGUGCGACAAACACGUUGAUGCUGUCAAGAGGGCGUGUCUGAAGGACAUUCCAGACAAUGUCAUCUUUCACCUCAAGCGGUUUGACUUUAAUCUCCGUACUCUCCAGCGAAGCAAGAUCAACGAUUACUUCUCAUUCCCAGCAAAGGUCAACUUGCGACCCUACACUAUCGAGCACCUGAGCAACCCGGAAAAUGACACUGAGGAGGACAUCUUCGAACUGGUCGGUGUCCUCGUUCACUCGGGCACGGCUGAAUCAGGCCACUACUACUCGUACAUCCGUGAGCGCCCUUCCGCCUCAGGUCGCCAGACUUGGGUUGAGUUCAAUGACGACAUGGUAACGGCAUGGGAUCCCUCGCACAUGGAGAGUUCCACGUUCGGUGGCCCUGAUCAUCGCCCAUACGACACAAACGGUAUCAUCUACGACAAGACAUACAGCGCAUACAUGCUGUUUUACCAACGCGCCUCUUCUCUAAGAGCUGAGCAGGAGAGGAUGAUGAGCCUAGGCAUUCCAGGGCCUCUGCGAGUCAAUGUGGCUGACGAUCUCAAAGAUCACAUCAUGAGCGAAAACACAGUGAUCCUUCGCCGUCACUGUAUAUAUGAUCCCAGCAACCUCAGACUCGUUCAGAUGCUAUUCCAGCAGACGAGACAGUUUUGCGGAAGCUGUCGUGAAGUUGACACGAGCCAGAACAUUGGCGAGUUCCUGAUUGAUCGCGCUCAAGAGCAUGGGCUUCAGGAUCUAGCCAUGCAUACAUUGCUGAGCCACCUGGACCAGGUCGUCACAAGGGCAAAGGACAUGCCGGAUUUCCUCAGCUUCUCCAAGUUGAUCAGCGAUGCUAUCACUUCAUGCCACCAUUGUGCGUUUGCUUUCUACAGCUACUUUGACCAACGACAUGAUGCACUGCGCGCCCUCCUUCAGCGGAACCCAGAAAUGGCGGUGCGCAACUUUAUGAGCAAGAUGUUCACUGUCGCUAUACACAAGAUCGCCAAAGGCCUACCUCAUGUCUACGAUCCGCCGGUCCCAAAUAGUCCGAUCUCAGACCCCGAUGGAGACGAAAACAUUACCGAGGGCGCUGUUGCUCAUCGUUCGGUCAUUGAUGGCGUGAUGCUCCUGUUCAAUCACCUAUGGAACUUCUUCCAUAUGAACCUCAGAUCGUGGGAUGACUGCUUUGGGGCUAUUCUGGGCUUUGCAAAGCUGGGAAGUCGCGAAGUCGGAUAUGUUCUCGCUGCUAAUUACCUGGCGAGGCUUCUGCGUAUUAUCUCGGCAGAUCCAGCACAAGCCCUUACCGGAAGCUAUCAAAGGAUGCUGCAGGCUGUUCUCAAACGCAUCAACAACGCCAGACCACCUUCUUACCUAUCGGUGAUCACGCUAGUCGAUUAUCUUCUGCAGCAGCUGGAGCCGGAGCUGGGAGCAGAUGUGAUUGUUGAAGACGCAGCCGACCGACUGGAGCGGAUGGAACGACCCUUCAGCUGGACGUCGGAAGAGGUUCAACUCGUGCACAUCAGUCUGGACGAUACUCACGGCAGCCAUUUCGUGGAGAAGCUACUGGGGAUCGACCAAGCGACCCGUCCAACCGACGACAUUAUCCGAUUCCUGACCGGAAUCGGCUCAACGAUGGACGGCAAGAUACUAGCCACGUUGAAGCGAUGCAUCCGGGGUGAGACGUCAACUCAAGCCAUGGACCCAUUCCUGCGGGCGGCCGGCGCCUACAUUGAGAGUACCGAGCAACUCGACUUUGCCACAAAGAUGAUUCAGCAUGUGUACACGCAAGCCAAAAGCCUGCAAAACACAGAGGGUGUGUACUUUGUUCGCUUCUUUGACACAGCACUGUCACUCGAGCGGUCAGAAGGGGAGUUUGCGAGGACCAUCAGGAGUCUCAGUCUCCGUCUGGUGCCAAACUGGACACCUCAUCUCCUAGCAUAUCAGGAAAGCACCGUGCGAGCAGCCACAGAGAACUUCCUGGAUCGCGAGCUGUUCCAGGCCUUGCAAAGCGAGUCGAUCACUGAUCGAGACCCUGAGGAUCGGGAGGAGAUCAAGCUGACGGUCAGACAAUUGGGCCUCACGUGUUUGGGGCAUCUCGAGGAGCAUCACGUCCGAAGGAGAGCACACUUGGGGCGAGACAUUGCGGGCUCGUUCUCGCGCGUGAUUGAGUCAUGCGCCAAGUCUAUCGAAGGUGAUCCCGAGAAACAAGACGAUGUCGACACAGAGUUUAUGGGCUUGCAGCGCGAGGUGUUGGAUCCCCUCCGCAGGCUGAUCGUGGAUGACAUGGAGGAAGACGGGUCCGACUGGGAAGGAUCCUGUGGAUCAUCAGACCAGAUUGACGACCUGGUGGAGAUGAACAUUACAGGACUGAACGAGAUGAACGACGUGGAACUGGCUUGAUGACAGACCAUACAUGCAUGAAUGAAUGAGCUCGCUGGGUCUAGAGAGAGACGGAGCGAGAUAGGCGUCAGGGCAAAGGAGGCAGGCAUUUGUGUCUUUUGUUGAUUUCGAUUCUCUGGUUUACCAUCUACACUCGCUAGUCAACGCAAAGGGUGAGUAGAGGCCAAGGCAUCAUCUAUCGUGACAGCCAGGGCCGGCCGGAAACGGAUGGUUGUCGAACACAGUUGAUGUUGAGCAAAAAUGCAUAGCAAGGGAGUGACGGCGCAAGGGCUAGAGGAUAAUGAACAGGAAUACGGCGGUACCAGACCGCGAGACGAGAGAAUCAGGGGUCGGUGAAGAUGAAGAAAGGUAUUGUUUUCGAGACCAAGAUCAAGACCAGCGUUCUUGUAUCCAUCCCCUCUCUGCCUUGGCUUUUUGGGCAUGAGGACAGAAAUGAUGAAUGAUUAUACGAAGCAAAGU